AUCUAAAGAUUAGUUUAACUUUAGUACUAUUUGUUAUCCUCAGAAAAUUCAAAAACUAGAACGAAAAUGGGUAUGAAUAUAUGCUGUAAAUUAUGUUCAAUCGUGCAAAUCUUCUCCAUAUCGUUAAGCUUCACAGAAGUCUACAAUACAUUGAACCUGGGAACAACCAUUGUACAAAUGAAAAGUAUGGAGUUUCAGGAGUUUCUCAGAACCCCAACGUUUGAAGGAUCUGUGGGCACUACUCUGAAUUUAAUCAUACUAUUCACACUGAUACUAAAACAUUGCAUCAAAGAUAAAUUCUGUGUAUGUGACAGGGAAUGCUGUGGAGUUCACUUGUUCUGUAAUUGCAUUGCAGCAGAAAUUCUGACAGUGAUACUGGAUGUAAUUUAUACAUUGACACAAGGAGGAUGUGAUACAAUCUAUUAUUCAAUGGGGAUAUCAUUCUUUGUUAUUCCUAUAGCUUUCAUCGCAAGAUUAUGUUCUUCUUGUUGCUGUAGUGGCAAUUCCGCAAAAUACCAAACACAGCAAAAGGCUUGAAGACUAUUGCUUAGGCAUGCUUAUGCCAACAAGCAAAAGAAAUGUAAUUUCUUAUUUGAAAUAAGACAUUUGAAUUAUUUGUCAUAUGAAAGUCAUUGUCUGUUGAAAGAAUUUUUAAGAUUUCAUGUGAUAGUAUCUCUAUUAGCUCAA